CAGGAUAAUUAAAUUAUCUUUAUUGAUGAAUGAUUUUAUACAUUUUUGUCAUGUUCAGAAUAUUUAAAGUCGAUAUUAAAUGAAAAAUGCUUUUUUAACCCUUGUAGAUCACAUCCCCGGUCAUAUUGUACACCUAUUUAACAAUAUAUGCCAAAAAAAACAAAACAAAAAAUCAAUCUAAAACAGAACAAAACCAAAUUUUCACUGACUCUCAUGACUUUAUCAAGCAGAUUAAAAUGACAUGGAAAUUUCUAACUAUAACAAAUGCAUUUUUCUGAUUUACAAGCAUGUAGAUGGGUUGUUAGUCCUCACAGGACAAAUAAAUAUUUUUUAACAUGCAAUAACUUAAAAAGUGUUACAUUUAAUUACUGAAAGAAAAUAACAUUUCAGGAACUAAUCUUUUAUCAUGUAAGAAGCCCACCAGUUUAAAAGAUACGCUUUAGUUGUAAAACAUUUUCUUUUUUAUGAAUCCGAGGACACUGAGGGAGUAAAGAAAAGUGUUUUUGUUUCUUUUUUAAUCCAAACAGCCUUUCAUUUAUGAUAUCUGGGGAAAGGAAGAAGCCAUUAGUGGUCCCAUGCAGACAGACCAAAGGCUGUUUGGCUAUUUGAUUUCACGGGUCUGAAUACGAAGACAGUCAGACAGACAGGAGGAGUGUGAUCUCAGUCUGUCUGCACUCAUUAUCUCCACAUCUUUUCUACACCCUGCUCUCUCUCUGUCUCUUUUGCUUCUAAUGCCACUGUGUCAAACACCUCCACACCAUAGGCAGAUUGGGAGCCAGCAGGUGUGUGUUUGUGUGAGUGUGUGUGUGUGUGACAGAGAGAGAGAGAGAGAGAGAGUGUGUGUGUAAUGUAAUGUUGGUGCACUAUCUGUGUACGUAUGUGUGUUUUGGGGGAUGGGUGGCAUCACUAUUGCCAUGGGAACCAGGGCUUGUGAAAAAGAAAGUAAUUUGUCUGGUUUCUAUGGCAACGAGCCACACAACAGCAAACCUUUAAGAGAUGCUUCAUGCAUCUGCAACAAGGCUAAGGACACUUAAUAUUAUGUAUGUAUAUAAUUGUGUGAGCAAAAUCAAACAACUGCACAGAUGUCACUGAAUAAAAUGUGCAUUGUAUCCUAAAAAAGAGAUCAUGUGUUGUCAUAAUACUCCCACCAAUGAGAAAUAUCCAGCAUGCAGUAGGCCUAAUUCUGCUGUCAAGUUGAUUUGAUUUCAAAACGACAUUAUAGGCUACAACCCUAACACAGUAAGGAAAACAUUAACAAAAACAUUGUUUCUUUAUUGAGAUAUAGAGAAUACCCUAUAAAGCAGCAUUAAUGUCACUUCUACAUCAAUGCUGGCUGCAUUUUAAAAAAAAAUUACGUUUAAUUCCUAGAAAUCUUGCUGCCACACAUUCGGUGUGGACUGUGUUUAUUUCUCUGCAUUGUAGCGGUGCGGAACGGCGAGAGGCGGGGCAGAAAAGGGGGCUGAGAUCGGGUCUUAAGGGCGGUGCAAAAGAGACAAAAAAAAAAAGGCACAGAGAGAGAGAGAAACGGUCCUCGUUUUGAAAGCCGGUAAUUAGUGACGUGCCCAGAGAAGAGCAGUCGCUGCUGGGAGAGCAGCCCGGUGGCGGAUGAACAGGGGCUCCGUCAAACCACCGGGGCGAUGAGGGAAGGAGAGGACGGACGACAGAAAGCCUUCUGCCGCAGAGGAAACCCAGAUUAGGCUGAUUUGAGAAACAGAUCCACCGGCAUCCCCGGUGCGUGCACACCGCGUCACCUAUCCUCGACUCCCACCUACCCACCGACCCACCCACCUCGACCACCCAUCAGGUUAUGUGGUGACUCGGUGAUGUUGGGUGGAGCUGGACGCACGGACAGCCGGCAGGAUAACAUCUUGGUCUGAAUGAUCUCCGUCAUCACCGGGUCGGUCCCCCCGUUCCCCUGUUUAGCGGAUGAGCGAACCCCGGAGAAAGCGGCGCACCUGUGACCGGAGGAGGGUUGGAUUCUCCCCGGCUGGUGACCUCCUGCUCCGGGGGACAAAUCCUCCCACCAUCCGGCAUCACCUCUCCUCCACCAGACGGACAGCGACGGAGCCCACCGAUGCGUCCGGCAGCCCCUGAUGCUCAGCGCUGCUCCGGGGCUUUUCGGUCGGUGGGAGAGGCUCGAGCCGCGGCCGCGCGCUAGGAUGCUGCGCCAGGUGUUGCACGCGGGCCUGAGGACCUCCUUCCACGCGCUGGGCCGGUUCGUGGCGAGCCACCCGGUGUUCUUCGCCUCGGCGCCCGUGCUCAUCUCCAUCCUGCUGGGGGCCAGCUUCAGCCGGUACCGCGUGGAGGACGACGUAGAGAGCCUGCUCGCGCCCAAGCACAGCCUGGCCAAGAUAGAGGGCAACCUGGUGGAUAGCCUGUUCCCCGUGAACCGCUCCAAGCACGCGCUCUACUCAGACCUGCAAACGCCGGGCCGCUACGGGCGCGUGAUCGUCACCACCCGAAAGGGGAGUGUGCUGGACCCGGUUCAUCUGGACACCAUACUCAAGCUCCACAGGCGGAUCUACCAGAUGCAGGUGACGGUCCCGGCCACUGGCUUCAACAGCUUCAACUACUCCUUCUCCUACCUCUGUCUCCCCGAUGACAAGAACGUCUGCAUCAUCGACGACAUCAUCCGUGCCAUGGAGGAGAUCCAGUCAGCUCGCAACUCCAACCGCUCCGUCCCAAUCCUGUGGUACCCGAUCACGCAGCUGGCAGAUGGACGGCAGGCGUACAUCGGCCACCAGCUGGGUGUUGUGCAGGGCUGGGGUCCCAACGGGGCGGUGCGUGGUCCAGGGACAGGAGCCAAGGGAGAAGGUGUACGUUCUGCAAGGGCCUUGCAGCUCACCUACUACCUCCAAGCCCGCGGCGGCCUGAUGGACCGGGUGGCCAGCCAAUGGGAAAAGGCCUUUUGUGCUGAGUUACAGCACUUUGCAGCGUUGCACCCUAAGUUGGGGCUGUACCCCUCCACUUCCUCUUCUCUGAGGACAGACUUCCAGUUCUCUUCAGUUCUGGCACGCCGUCCCCUGUUGGCCAGCUUGGGGGUGUGCAGUGUACUGGCCGUCCUCUGCUGCUCUAUGAGGGACUGUGUGAGGUCUAAACCCUGGUUGGGACUGCUGGCUCUGCUGUCAGUCACACUGUCAGGCCUCACUGCUGCUGGGAUACUCAACCUGACCGGGGCCACCUACAACUCUACAUACCUGGGCAUCCCUUUCGUCAUGCUUGGUCAUGGGCUCUUCGGCUCCUUCGAGAUGCUGUCAUCAUGGAGGCGAACCCGGGAGGACCAGCAUGUGAAGGAGCGUGUGGCGAGCGUCUUCGAGGACGUCAUGCUGCGUUUCUCCAGCUCCACCAUGCUCCACCUGAUGACCCUGGGCCUGGCCGCCUCACCGCUCACCAACAUGGAGGCUGUCCGGCUCUUCUGCCGCACCGCCGCCUUGGCUGUCACCAUCAGCUAUGUUUACAUGUUGUCCUUCUACAGUUCCUGUCUGGUGUUCACUGGAUAUUUAGAGACCGGGUACAGACAUGGCUGCUUCUGCCGGCGAGUCCCUAAACCAGACCGACUGGACUCCAAACCGGCCUGGUACAGGUGUCUAAUGUACACUCGUUACCAGGAUGAGACUCAAACAACCAACCCACAACAUGGGGUCGGUCACAGUCACGCUCACACGCCAAACCCUAACCUAACUCACACACAUGCACACACGCACCCACAUACGGUGAACAACCCUGCCACACAUGAACAUGGCCAUGUGGCUAAUUCCACACACACACAUCCACACCCACACACACAUUCAGCAGCUAACACGGACCCUCAUCCUCAGGACUCUCACCUUUUGCUGGGGUGUGUGAGGCGUUGCUAUGGAGACUGGAUCACUAACACCUAUGUCAAACCCUUUGUGGUUCUGCUGUAUCUGGUUUACAUCUCCUUUGGAUUGAUGGGCUUCCUACAGGUGACCCAGGGUUCAGACCCCAGUGCACUGGUUGCCAUGGACACGGCGACAGUAUUGUACACCCGUGCCCAGCAGCGUUACUUCAGCUCAUACUCCCCUGUCAUUGGAUUUUACAUCUAUGAAAGCGCCCCCUACUGGAAUGCCUCAGUGCAGCGGGAUCUGCUGGAAUACGCCAAAGGCUUCCAGCGAAUCAGCUGGCUGGAAGCUUACCUGAACUACCUGUCAGAUCGCAACCAGUCCACCAGCCAGCCGCGGGAGAACUUCACCCACACGCUGCGCCACUCCUUCCUCCGCGAGCCCCAGUUCGCCCACUUUGCCGAUGACAUCAUAUUUGCGGAGCGCGGUCAGGGCGAGGAGCCCGAUGUGGCGGCGUCCCGAAUCUUCCUGGUGGCCAAGACUACAGAGAACAAGCGCGAGGAGAUGUCAGUGCUGCUGGACACGCUGCGACGCCUGUCACUGACCUCACGUGUCCGCUUCCUAAUCUUCAACCCCUCCUUCGUCUACUUGGACCGCUACGCUGCAGCGGUCAGCUCCCCCCUUAGACACUCACUGCUGGCGGUGCUCUUCCUGUUGGGUCUGUCCUCGCUGGCCGUCGUGGAGCCACUGGUCUCCGUGUGGCUGGGCCUCACCCUGCUCUCCGUCCAGUUUGGGGUGCUGGGCUUCAUGACCUUAUGGGGUGUGGAGCUGGACUGCAUGUCUGUGUUGUGUUUGAUCUCAGCCUUGGGACACUCAGCAGACUGCAGUGGCCCCCUCCUUUGCGGUUUCGCCUCGGGUCGGGGUGAAAGCAGGACUCGCUGGGUGAGAGUGGCGCUGGAGAGACACGGGGUUCCCUCUCUACAGACGCUCAUCUGCUACAGCGCCGCCCUGGUGCCUGUUGGCUCUGUUCGCUCCAACCUCACACGCACACUGUUUCGCUGCCUCACCCUCACGGCCGGCUGCUCAGCCCUGCACACUCUUGCGUUCCUGCCCACCCUCCUCACCUUCCUGCCUCCCUCCAAGAGCCGGGGACCCCGGCCUGAAGGAGAGGGGCAGAGACAGGAGGUGGAGUGUGUUGAAAUGAACGACAGCACUCGAGUGGUCGACCAGAUCACCACUGUCUGAGCACAGAUGAUGUUUUUUUUUGUUUUUUGGCCCCUUGGUUGCCAUGGUGACUGCCAGCUGGGAAUUGGUUCAUUGUAGUCUGAGCAGCCACUAUGCAUGCUGCAGACAAGAAUGCUGAUCCUUGUGAAGAGAGGAAGAAAAGGAGAGUGUCACUGAGAGAAAGACAGGAAGGAAAAACAGAUUCAGAGGAAAAAUAUUCAAACAAGUAACGGACAGUGGGAGGCUGGUGAAGAUGAGAAGAGAGAAAGACAGGUUUCCAAUGCAGUGUAUCCAUGGUUACCUGCUUGUUGCUAGUGCUGUGUGGCAUGUGAAUGAGCUCUUUUCCAAACAGCCAAUCAAAAGUUGAGGAUCAGCUGAGGUCAGGCCUGGAUGUGACAUCAUCGCAGACGAAGUGCCACAUUUUUCACCUCUCCAAAACUUGCUUUAGAUCUGAUCACAUUGUUUGGCUACUGCUAUCUGUUCGCCAUAUCAAGUUGCACAAAUACAGCUACAAUUACACGAGGCAAUCAUCUGUAUGACUUGAGUAUUUCUACUUUAAUGCUGGACAAAUAAAGUCAAAUCAAGAAAAUAUA